AUGAGCGCGGGGCAGCAGCAGCAUCACCACGCCGCGGCUCCCUCCAAAACCUCGUCCGACUCCGGACAGCAGCCUGGGUUGGACAGGUGGAGUCAGCGACGGCUCCAAAGACUCAAUACCGAGCAGGGGUUCCGCGAUCAGCGGAGCGGGCAGGUGCAAAGCCCGCCGCUGCCCUCGACGGCAGCUUCGGGCAGCGAUCAGGCACCUCCUGGCUCCUCGCAUAGCAGCAGUCACAACUACGCCGGCUCGCAAUACGGCCAGGACGCUCAGCCACCACCGCCGCAACCCCUGCACCAUCACCCGCCUCAGCCGCAGCAAACUGGCUACCAAACUCCGCGCGCUGCGCCUGGCUCUCGAGAUCAACACAGCGUAGGACUAGCCAUCAACACCGCAAACAACCCCUCCAGGACCGCRCAAUACUCGCCGCCAGACCACUACAACUCGCAGGAAACUCCACGUCCGGAGCUGACACAGUCCCGCAGCUUCACGCAGCAGUCUGUGACGGCAGACGACGCAUCGUCCAUGUCGAACAUUGGCGCCAUGUCCGCGCCAAAGGCGUCCCGGACGCCUGCUAGCAAUGGAAAUCGCCAGAGCGUGCAUUCCGGGAUGAUGUCACGCGAGGGCUCGUAUGCUCAGCAAGGUGGACAGGCGUCCGCGUACAAUGGCGGAGGGGUUAGCCAGGUUCAGCAAUACAAGAACUCACAACAAGCCCAACCGCAAGCCCAGCAGCUGCCGCAGCAGCCGGCUCCUGGUGAAGUCGGUCGCGGCACACCGCAGCCGCAGCAGCCUGCGGGAGAGGAGAUGACAGAAGAGGAUGUUGCUCAGCUAGUAAAGGACCAUAAGGAGCUCCGCGAGAAAUAUACAAAGGUCAAGAAAUACUAUUUUGAGAAGGAGGAUCAAGUAAAGCAGCUGCAAAACAGCCUCGCGCACCAGCGCCUAUCACAAUCCCGUACUUCUCUCGACGACAGCGAGUAUACGACACGUUUCAACCGACUAGAUGGACUCAUUGCGCAGCUGGCGUUCAGCAUCCGGAAGAGCUGGAAGAGCAUACCUCAAUGGUUGGUGAACUCUGUGAAUCGGGAUGCCGUCGCUACCGGCAAGCAAGAGAUGACUGCAGCUGGCCGAGCCUUUAUAUCAUACUGGUUGGUGGAGGAGGUGUUCGACAAGUACUUUCACCCGGAUCUGGACAUGGCGUUGUCAACACAGUUGAAGAGCAUCCAGAAAAGCAUGCGCAAGUUCGCGCCCGUUCCACAGACGGCCGAGGAGGAGGAGUACCUCAUUUCCAAAGUGGUCAACUGGAGGCUGGCAACUUUGGAGGGUCUCCAAGAAACGCUCCGCUCAUCACAAUGUCCAGCAAACAGACAGAAGCUGACGGACCUGCUCAAGGAUGACUUGGUAGCUGCCAUCUCAACACACCUACAAGACCCGGCCCCCUCGGACCUGGAGGGCGGAGUUCACAUGAUUAUCGAACUGGUUGUGAGCAUUGCCAUCCAUCUUCCGCUGGAGAGUCGAGACGUCGCUAUUGAAUACUUCCACCCAGGCUAUACCAUUUUAGGCGAGCGAAUGAAGUUGGAGUCCGGCAUUCCACCUCUCGUAACAUCCGUUGCAGACGACAUGGCGGAGCGAGCGUCCAUGAAGAGUGCUACCAGCGACGUCACCGACAUGACCGACGCCAACAGCGACAUGGCACCCAAGAAGAGGAGCAUGCUGAGUGCUUUGACAGGAACCGGUGGUAAGGCCAAAGGUUCUGGACAGGGCAAACAUUCUGCUGGAGACAGUACGAACAGUCUCUCCAGACCCGGCAGUGCACAGGGCCUCAAGGAGGAUCUGCCACCUCGUGUCCGUAUGGCUGCAGGUAUCAGCGUGCAGAUUCGCGGGCGCUCGGUUCUUGUCAARGCGCCCGUUUUUAGCACUUGA